AGCUGCUGAAUUUGGGUUGCUGUAUCUGAGGAGGCUGACGCCACAUUGUUGGCGGAGGGAUGAAGCCGAAAUAAGCAGCCAAGCGUUGUUUAUGUUAUGGUUUUUUUUUUGUUUUUUUUUUUUACGGGAAAUGGUGGUAUGCCAAAGACAUUUCUCUAGCGAUAGCGAAAACAGCCGCGGGGCGGCGAAUAGCAAGCAUCAUCCCUCUGUGUCCGCUGAAGCUCGUCCUCCGGUCCCAGCACCUCUGCAGUUUGCAAGUUUCCUCUUAGGACCCAAGCUGUCGCCUCAAGAGACACGCAUAGGUAAGCAUGCCUGUGGAGCCCGUAGGCCAUGACUGCAUAGAUGAUUUGGUGUUGGAGAUCUUGCAAGCAAGCACCGCUUCCAAAAGCUCCUGAUUGCUGGUUUUUAAGGGUGUCGACUUUCUUCUGGUUACACUUUCUGGCUUCUGCUGUUCAUCGCUUCCUCACCUCCUCCAUCCGAGGCAGGAUGUUGGUACCUUUUGCAGAACUCUGAACAAAAGCAGUUCACUUUGAAAGACUGCAUAAUCAAGUCUUAACGUCAAAGACGACCUCUUUGGCCUUUUUAAAAGGCACCUCUGCCUCCCCUUCACCCCCUGCCCAGUGCCAUGCUGGGUGCACUCUUGCUGCGGAGGAACAUGUCCCAGAAGCUGAGUGUGCUGCUGCUGGUAUUCGGGCUGGCGUGGGGACUGAUGCUGCUGCGCUACACCGUGCAGCAGCCUCGCCAUCAAAGCAGCGCCGAGCUGCGCGAGCAGAUUCUGGAGCUCAGCCGGCGAUACGUGAAGGUCCUGACGGAGGAGAACCAGAACGCACCAGGGGGACCACAAGGAACGUCCAUGGCAGGAUAUGCGGACCUAAAGAGGACCAUAGCUGUUUUGCUGGAUGACAUUCUGACGCGGCUGGUCAAACUGGAGGGGAAAAUCGAACUGGUGGCAAAUUCCUCUUCAACAAACACAUCCCAUGCGGCGCCAGCAGGGGGCGUCCCUGCUGCCCUGCAGAAAGCUUCAAAGCAGGAUUCACCGGGGAGCCAUCCUGGGAUGCUGCGUCUUCAUCCACACAUCCCUAAAAGACCUCGAGCACAUUAAGGAGGAGUUCUUAUUCUCUUGAAGCACCUCUCCAUCAGUGACUGAGUAGCGAUAAUAGAUAUUCACAGACAUCCAGAAUCCUAAAGUGCUGGAUGUGAGAAUGUAGUCCAGCUGGAGAGAGAAAUGAAGGGCUUCUUUUAUCUCCUGCAUAUCCUGCUACUUUGAGACUGUCCUGUUCAUAGUUUAUAUUCGUGGUGCAGAAUCAUUUUGCCUAUGUUUCUUCAUGUUUCUCUUAACCUUGCAGCUUUGAAUUUGGUGACUGUUAAAGUAAAUGCAAAGAAACCAAAACAAACAAAAAACUGGAUAGCUAAUUAGAAUCUGGUUAAUAUGCCUCACAGUUGCUCAACCAUACACGCCAGAAAAUGAAGAAUAGCUAUAUUUUAGUGUUUUUAAGAGGCACAGUUAAGAAAGAUGAUUAUUUUAGCUUGUGAUUAUUAAGCAUUAAUAAAGUUUGCUCUUAAGAAAUAACCCAAAGAAUAUUUUUUUAGCACUUCAUUCAAGGCAAUAUAAAUGUGUAUGUGUUGUUUUGCUCUGGGAGUUUGUGUAAAAUGACCGGAUGAUGCCUGGUCGCCACUGUAAACAUCUGUCUGACUGCGUGGGCUUGCCAUAUCUCUGUUGAAAUCGAAUGAGUCCCAUGUGUCGCUUAGAGCUGUUUUAAUUCAGAUAAUGGAGAACAUUGAAUGUACUGCGCCAUCUGUAGAUCUAUAUUGUUUAGGGUCCAUUUUGCACUGUGACUAUAGAGACUUUCUAAAUAUACUGUUUCUUCUAACUUCUGCUUUAGAGAUGUUUGAAGGGGAGGAGAAUAUUCUGAAAUGUUCUUCUGGUUCUUCUGCUCCUUUAAUUGCUAUUUGUGAUGGUGAUGAACUGGUAAUAAAAUACCUCACCAGUUCUCUAAUUCACUGGUUUCGAAGAUGAGAGCAACACCUAAACCGACGGUAUUUGGGAGUUUUGUGUGACAAAGUCAAUGUGGAUCAAAAAGAAGAUGUAAUUUCAAAAGGCUUUGCUUACUUUUGUUGCUUGAAAAUGAGCUAUAUUGAGCUAAAGAGGCUUAAAUUAUUCAGUGGUGCUUUGACAGAGAUGCUGUGAUGCUUCAUGACCUUAAAGUGGUGUCCGUUAGAUCAGCCAGCCACUUUGAGAAAGAUUUCCUAAUAACUUCGUAGAAAUCAAAUGUUUCCCUUUUUUGAAUCAGUUUUGGGCCAAAUUCAUCCAUGUUGUUUUGUCACACAAGGUAAUUACUCAGUUUCUUUUAUAUUUAGAUGGUUUGUAGUUAAUUCCUAUUUAAGUUUUACAGUGCAAAAGUAUUUGCCUCCUUCGGACAUCAUCCUUUAACAACAAACUUUAGUAAGUUUUAUUGUGAUUUCAUGUGAUGAACCAACUCAAACCAAUUCAUAAUUAUGGAGUGUUAGAAAAAUGGUACGUGGUUUUCAAAAUAUUUAAGAAAUAAAAAUUUGGUUUCCUGAACCACCUUUUGCUGCCUUUACAAAGUAGCGUGGCCAGUUUAAACGGAUCGUGUCUUUGAGCAUCAAUAUUCAAAUCUGACCACGGAUUCUCAAUUGAAAUUUGACUGGACCCGGAACAUUGGUUUAGCUAAUUCAUUCUCCAGUAGUUCCGACUUUGUUUUAGCUUGUUGUCCUGCUGGUAGUUGAACCUCCAUCAAUGUUGCAAGUCUUUUGCAGUCUCUAAAAAGCUCCAUCCGUCUUCCCAUCAACUCUGGCCCCCUUCCUUGUCUGUGUUGAACAAUGUAUCCCCACAUCAUGAUGCUGCCACCAACAUGUUUUACCAUGGGGAUAAUUUGUUCAAUCUGAUGUGCUUUGUUACUUUUUCCACCACACAGUUUUUAGUUAGGAGGCCAAAAAGUUCAAUUCCACCCUGCACAGCUGGUGGAAAACUCUAAAACUAUAAACAGGGGUUUUCUUCUUGCCCCUCCUCGAUAAACACCAGGUUUAUUCAGUGCUUGAUUAAUAGUUGUCAUAUCAACAGAUUCUUGUAUUUAAGCUUUGGGUCUUUGCAGCUCCUCCAGAGUUACCGUGGGGAUCUUGGCUGCUACUUUGUUCUCCAUGCUCAGACGGUCCAUUUAAAUAGGUAGCCACAUACUUGCUGGCAUGCAGUAAUGCAUGUUAACUUUUUCUCUCCACUUCUUCAGUAUAGCCAAUUUCUUUUAUAAAGUCACAUAUAGGAAUACUUUUGCAAGGCAAUAAAUACAAAAAAACCUGAAGGUCUGAUGUCGAAAGAGAAGAUAUGGUUAUUAAGGUUGGCAAAAAAGCAGCAGAGUAGAUUUUUUAGGUUCUGAAGGAUUGUUCUGGUACAGUCAUAUUGAUAUGUAAGUUUAACCCUCUUUGUAUUUUAUGUAGUCAAACUUUAAAAAUGCUGUAAAUGUAAACUGGAGGGGACUCUCUCCCCAUCCACACCCCACAAAGAAGCUUUUAAGUACCCUGAUUAAUAACCAUCAGGGGUUUUUGUGUCAUUAUCAUCAAAUCAGGAGCUGCUGAGAUUUCAAGCUGUGGUCGAAUUUGUGAUUUUUGCUAACUAAUUAGAAAUUCUGUCAUCAUUAUCAUCUGCAACGUUUUUUGGGCAAUUCCAAAUCAAUAGCAUUUUACACCAGAGUGGUAAAACCAGAAGGAACCAAAUUGAAUGGUGACACUGGCUCAGUUCAAGAAACAUUUUUAAAAGGUUUACAUAAGGGUUUGUUGCAUCAUGUUUUAAUUUAACAGCACUGUAACUUUCUUUAGCUCUCUAGUGGGCAUUUGGAUUUAUCAGACCAUAAGGUGCUUUUUUUCCACUUAAACAUAAUUUUUCUGAACUCAAGCUUGGAAAUGGCAGUCAUUUUUGGAUCAUCUUGAUGGUUUAUUCUUUACAGGUUUUUGUUUAUUUUCUUCUUUGUGGAUCCAGCUAUGUACUUGGUUUCCACCAGAGUCUCUGUGAUUUCCUCUCGCGAUUGUUUUAGCAGUCCUGCCCUUUAGCGGGCUUUCUACUGGCUCUCAUUCAUGUUUCUCUAAAUAGCUUUCAAUGAUGAAGCUUAAAAAAAAAAUUCAUUACAAUUUUAUGCUGAGGAAAUAUUUGAAAUUCUUGGAUUGGAUAAUAAAAUCUUCCUUGAGUACACUGGGGUCUUCUCCCCCAGCUUAUCUUAUUUUUAACCCCCAUCACUCUUUUCAUUUAACUAAAUUAACUGCAAGAGAUUUUUCUUUUACAGAAAUGAUUUAGUCAUUUUGAUUCUAAUUUCACCAUUAGUUACAAGAUUCAUAUAUAUUUGUGUCUUUGUUAUAAAUUGACUUUAAGCUGUUUUCAGUUUAUUUGUAGCAAAUGAGAUUUUGUCUUUCUUUAACAACAUGGAGCUGUCCUCAAAGUGACAUUUAUGCUGUGCAAUACAGUGCUGUGAAAAAGUAUUUGCCCAUCACAGAUUUCUUCAGUUUUUUGUCACACUUUUGUUAUUAGACAAAAAUAAAGCUCUCUAGUUGAACACAA